AUUGGAAGAAAAAUACUUUGACUUUUGCUUUGGAGGACCAGAACCCGCCCACUUUUCCAAGUCAGACACGGUCUGAGUCUGACGGUGUCGUCUGUUCACACUGGGGAUUCUUGUGCGGUGCUCCCUCUGCACCUCACAGCUGACGCCGAAACCGGGCGAGGAUUCUUUGGUUCCAGCCUCUCUCGUUUUCGGGACGAAACUUUGACUCUUCAUUUUGGCAAACGUAUGUUUUCGUUUCCUCCUUGUCUUCCAAACGAUCGUUUGCAUGCAGGAAGUUUCCGCUGCUCUCUUUUGAGGUGGUCACCUCGCUGUCUUCGGCAGCCUAACCCGUAGCGAAAGAUUUACGGAGACUGGCGACUCUCUGGCGACUACAAAUCCCUUUUGAAUCUUUCUCUUCGUCAACAAAUUGCGGAGCCGGAUUCUCCCGACCCCUCUCUGGCGUUGGUUUUUCCACUGAUCGAUCUGGCAUUUACCGGAGGCGGGACAGCCCCGGAGGGAGGUCCUCCUCUAAAGUUCAGUGCAAACAUGGAGGCUGUUAGCAGUUCUUCUGACGGACUACCAACGAAGAGGAAAGAGACUCAUGCAGAAGAGUCGGACCCUCCACCCGAGCCACCGACCAAAAAGAUGAAACGCGAACGUGAAACCUCGUCGGACCCGAACGAGUGGGGCCGCCCCAUCAGAGUGUACGCUGAUGGCGUCUAUGAUCUUCUGCAUCUGGGCCACAUGCGCCAGCUGGAGCAGGCGAAAAAACUUUUCAAAAAUGUCCACCUCAUUGCCGGAGUGGCGUCCGAUGAAGACACGCACCGACUGAAGGGUCAGACUGUUCAAACGAUGACUGAACGAGCCGAGACGCUGCGCCACAUCAAGUGGGUCGACGAAGUCAUCGCUCCGUGCCCUUGGAUUCUCACACCAGAGUUCAUCGAGGAGCACAAGAUCGACUUUGUCGCUCAUGAUGCAGAGCCAUACCAGGCAGUGCAGAAAUCAAAAGACAAGGACAAAAAGGAGCGUGGAGAGAGAAAGAAGAAGAAGACUGCGCCUGCAGAUGACGACAUCUACGGCUGGCUGAAAGAAGCGGGAAAAUUCAAGGCAACAAAACGGACGGCAGGUGUCUCAACGACUGACUUGAUUGUCAGGAUUUUGCAGAACUACGAAGACUACGUAGACCGGUCUCUUCAGAGGGGUGUCACACCUAAGGAUAUGAAUAUCGGGUUUACCACGGCAAAUGCCAUCAAGAUGAAGAAGAACAUGCAGCGUUGGGGCGAAAAAGUUUCCGACGAGUUGACCAAGGUUACCUUGACAGACAGACCACUUGGAGUCAACUUCGAUGAGAGCGUGGAGAAGCUACGGAAUAGCAUACACGAGAAAUACGACUCUUGGCGGGCACACUCCCACAAGUUUCUCAAGGGAUUCGCGAGGACGUUCGAGCCGAUGAAAUCCUUCAUUGGCCUCCAUCAUAAAAGCCCGCGCCACACAAGCGAUGAAGAGGACGGAGCAGCAUCUGACGCAUCACAGUAAACGAGAACGUCACCAAUGUGACGUUUCGGCAGUUGUUCACAAGAGGCGCCGAGGAGUGCCAUGGUGGAGGGUUCAUCUACCCUUCGCGGUGUUCGUAGCGUUGGUGCCCUUUGUUUGUUGUGUCAAUCGUCUGUGAACGUAUUCGCUUCAAUGUAUUCCUUCGGAGACAGGUUAUAAAACAGCGGGGAGCCCCAGGAGGUGCACGCUAGGACUGUUGGGGAGGGGGAGUGACCCGAGCCCAGCCAUGCGGACCGGACAAUCCCACCCGCUUCAUAAACCAGUUUUUAACUUGCCUGUCGUAUUUAUGCGUCUCUGUCAUCAACCAUGUAUUACUGCAUUUCCUGCUCGGUAGGUGCGCGUUUCUCGCUCACGCUUUCAACUCUAGUUCAGGUCAGCUGACGCUGUCGAAUGGUCAGUAUCCUAGGUGGAGGGUUCUUCCGGGUAACGAUCAUGCACUGAUGUCGUAGAUAUUCUUGAUUGUUGCUGUUCUCGAGUAGUGAUGCCCAUAAAUGCUCGAGGAAGCACUUCUGUUAUGUGAGUUUUUAGCAUUUAGUAACGGAACAACACCAUCACGCACCGAGGAAGCUCUGAACUCUGAUGUGUGUGAUCCUCUCCCCGUGGCAGACGUAAUGUCUACGCUUUCAUGGAGCCAGC